AUGGGGGAAAGGAUUGAUGGUCGUGGCAAAGGUUGUGCUGCAUGCAAGCAGAGGAAGAUAAAGUGUGAUGAAAGGUGUUUGUUAUCCCUAUACUUCCCUCAAAGUAGACAAGAAGACUUUAUCGAUGUCCAAAAGCACUAUGGUGUGAGUAGCAUCAACAAGAUCCUGAACAAAAUCGAGCCUGAGCAGAGAAAUGAAGCCAUCAAAUCGAUAGUGUUGGAGUCCAAAGCAAGGAAGUAUGAUCCUGUGAAUGGUAUUGUAGGUAUCAUCCACAAGCUUCAAUCACAAAUAAAAUUUAAUGAGAAUGAGAUUGCCAUUGUUAACCAACAGCUUACAUAUUGUAAACAACAAGAAAAACAUAUUUUUCAUCAGCAAAAAGAACAAAUCGAACAGUUUACUUGUUACCAAAAAAGACAAAAAGAACAAAUAAAACAGUUACUGAAGAACCAGCAAUUCUUAUGCUUUGAACUUUUAGCUUCAACUUCAUCAUCAUCAUCAUCAUCAUCAUCAUCCAUUUCUUCACAAUUGCUGAAGCAAUUCGGCGACUACAAUUAUCAGAUGCUUGCUUUACUACCUGAUUCUGUAAGAUCUGAAAUCUGA